AUGCCCUAUAACAAGAGGGACUCAGCCAUGGGUGGUAAGGCCGAUGGAAAGGGCCCGAACGGCGCCCGAUCUGGGUUCAGGACCGAUACUGCCAUUUCCAACAACCGACCGGGCAGCGAGCGAACCCUUCAACCAUGGAUCCCCGACUCCAGCGACGGAAUUGACGGUAGCCUGGAGAAGUCCUCCGCCAGCGGAGGAGCCUGGGAUCAGUUCGCCGAGAAUGAGCGACUCUUCGGGCUCAAGACAGACUAUGACGAGAACAUCUACACCACCACCAUUGACAAGAGUCACCCCCAGUACCGGGAGCGCAUGGCCGCCGCCGAUCGCAAGGCCCGCGAGAUUGAGCGAAGCCUGGCCACCACGGCACACGUAGCGGAGGAGCGCGUGAUGGAUUUUGUCAGUAGCGGUGGCGAUGAUCACGGUGGCGAUGAAGAAGACAAGUACGGUGGAGUUCGCCGCCAGGACUUCCCACCUCUGUCGAGCCGCGAGAACAAGUACACCCCUCCCGCAAAACGAGCUCCCUCUUCGAACACAAAUGUGGCUGGGGCCCCUGUCGACCCUGCGAUCAUCUCAUCGCAGUUGAGAGCACCUGCAAAGAAGCAGACCACCGUGAAGCCGGAAGAUGCCAAGCUCCUGAGCCAGCUGGUAAAUAAGGGUAACGCCGCCCAGUCUGCUGAAACGCUCAAGGCUGUCGACCCGAAGCCCGCGGCUAAAGCUGCUUCUAAGCAAGACCCGACCAAACAGGCCGAGCUCAAGCCGGCAGAGACUAAACCAGUCUCUGAGAAGACCAGCGAAGCUAAGGCUGUGGAUAACCCUGCUCCCGCGACUCGUCCUUCUGCAGCUACGAGCCGAACCAUCUCUCCUCAGGUCAAAGAGGGCGCGCCGAGCGCAGCUUCGACCGUGGAACGCGACGUUCUCAACUCCUUCAAGUCUUUUGCCAGCCAACAGCGGCAAAAUGCUGAAAAAGUUCGAAGCAGCAAGGCAAAGGCUGACAAGGAAGUCAAACUGACAGAGCUGAAGAAAUUUGCCGACACUUUCAAGCUGUCGACCCCUGUCCCUACUGACUUGAUUUCCAUCAUUGCCAAGGAUCCUGAUAAACAAAAGGAGAUCCAGGCCAAGGCGCUUCAGAACGCGGAAGAAGUUGCUCGCACAAAGGCGACGCCCGCCCCCAAGGGCAAGGAGAGUCCUUCAAAGGAUGGCGCAGCAAAGCCGUCUACAGACAUCCCGGCAGCUCAAGUUCCCGCUGAGACCAAGAGCACGGCACGCCCAGGGCCUGCGCAACAAACGAUAUCUCCCUCCAACGUCCCGAGCCGCCAUCCCAAUGCUCGUCAGUCUUACGCCAGUCCUCAGUACCACACCCAAGCAUACAGGAACGAUAGAUCUAGUCAACACAUGACUUCGCAGAACCGUCAGCCGUUGGCCCAACGCUUGCGCAAUGUGGAGCAACAGAAGAUGUCGCAGGCACCCAAUCAGCAUGUUGGUGGCCAGGAUAUGCGUAUGCCCCCAACGGGUCCCGCGAACAAUACGGAAGCAUUCCGGCGCGCUGGCGGUGUCCCAGGCCACAUGGGCGGAAAGCUGAACCCAAACAGUCACGAAUUCAGACCCAACCCGUUUGCGACGUCGUUCAACCCGAACGGUCAUCCAAGUGCCGGGUCCAGUCCUCGCUCUGCUGCCGCCAACAACGCCGGCGCUGCCGCUGCUAGUACUGGCGGUGCUGCUGGCGCUAGUGGUACUGAGACGACGCCAACCCCAGCGUCCGCCGGACAACUCAUUCGCCGGAAGACCAAAGCUGUUGAUGUCAAGAAAUGCUACAUCCUUGCGCAUGUCAAGACCUUUGCACCCCCUCAAGGUCGGAACUGGGAUGACAACGAUGGCUUGAGGCCCUCGUACGACACUCUGCCGACCUGGAGAGCGCCUUCAGACAAUGAGAAGCCCGACUCCACUAUGCUUAUCACUUCCAAGGAGUUCUUGGAGCGCCAGUCGUUCGCUGCAUCGUCAAUCGCCACGCCGAACCACACGCACGUUGUGCCCAGUGCCCACCAGCAUCAGCUUCCAUUCCAUUUGCAGCAGCCUGCUCAUGGCCUUGGCCCACGCCAGUCUCCACAUAUGCCGCCUAUGCCUAUACAGAACCAGCAUGGCCACGUCCCUCAUACGCCUUACCAGAACAUGGAUGACCACCGGAUGAUGCAUUCAAACUCGGCGCAGUCGUUUGCCUCUCCUCGGAUGACCCAGGUCCCGAUCACUUACACACCGGCAAUGGGCUCGGCUGGUCAGGUUCCUUACAACCAGCCGAUGAUGCAGCCUUUUGUCGGACCUGGCACACCCCAGAUGGGCGGUUAUCGGAACUUCUCCAAUAACCACCAGUAUAUGCCGCAACAGCCCGGUGGCCCUAUGGGAGCACCGAUGAUGCCCCAGUUCAUGAACCCUCAGGGCAUGGUUCCGGCCCCUGGGCAGAUGCCCAUGUAUGCUGGAAACCACACCCAGUUUAUGCCUCCGAACGGCGCACCGCCUCAGCCCAUCCCUGGGGCCAACGGCUAUCCCAGUCCGGGGCGCCCAUCAGCGCCCAUGAUGGUUCACCAAGGUUCUCAGCAGGGUCAGCCGGUAUAUGGCAUGAGCCCCAACGUGCAGUAUCAGCAGCCUGCGUUCACCCCGCAGCAACCCGGCGGUCAGGUUGGCAACGUCCGUGGGUACAACAGCCCUGGUCCUCAGCACUUCGGAACAAGCCCCUCGCAAAUGCACCAGUAUGGGGCGCAGCAUCGCAGUGGCGGCAAUAGUUACGGAGCCAAGCCGUUUGCCAAUCACGGGCAGCAUCAAGCUCCUCAACAGGCUCCUUCGGUUCCUGCCGGCGGUCCCGGCCGCGUUGCUGAAGGCUCCGAGGAAGCCAAAUGA